AUGUCGCAGGCGCCCCAAGCGGCGCGGAGCGCCGCCGUAGGCGGCGGACAACAGCCGAGCGCGAAUGCCUGGGUCGCUGAGCUCGCGCCGGUGGCCAACUGCGCCUCCGUGGCGACGCGCUCCGGCCACGAGCGACGUGCCGAUCUGCACUUUGAGCUCGCUGGGCAGCCGCCGAGGAGGAAGGUCGAGCGCGACGCCGCGGAGCCAGGGCAGCGCGGCCGGGGCUGGGACCGUGAGCGGCGAUCGCGCUCCGAGUCGCCCAGCGACGGCAAGGCAGGACCACCUUGUGACGGGCUCGCGCUUCUGGCCCGAGGUGUCGCCGCUGCCUCCCGCGCCCUCCGGCGCCUGCUGCUACUGCCGGUCGGCCGGUCGGGUCCGCGCGACGGCUCCAUCCUCGAGACGUAG